UAUGAGUGACAUCCCGCACAGCCAAUCAGCUUGUAAGCCAGGCACAAAGGCGGGACUUCCUGUACAGUACUCCAACAUGGCGGAGAGGUCGCGUUACUGAGAGUGCAGUUUAAGCCCCCAGAGAAGUUCGCGGAGUUGGUGUACAUUUCAGCCGCAAAGAGUGCAUCUGUAAGCGGAUUGUCGCGUGUGGACUGCUGCUAUCGGAUUACGGACAUGAAGGGGAAAGAGCGUUCGCCGGUGAAAAAACGCUCCCGGGCGCCAGAGGAUAGUAGAGACCGAGGAGGGAGUCACCCAAGCGGGAAGAAGCCCGGAUCGCUGUCGACGGUUGGUAGCAACAGCAGCAACGGCUCCGGUCAGAGCGGAGCUUCUUCCAGGAGAAGUUUACACAGCGAGAAAAGAGACGCGAGGGAAAUGGACGGACACAACUCCUUUAGCCGGAACGGCAGCAGCACCAGCGGCGGCGGCGGCUACGACUACAGAGUCAUGUCGGCGAACAAGCCGCACGUUGUCGCUGACGUCUCCGGGGAAGCACCGAGGUCCUCUUCACGCAGCGACCCGCGGCCUCCGCUGAACCCAGAGAGUGAGUACAAGACUCUUAAAAUAAGUGAGCUGGGCUCCGAGCUGAACGACGAGGACAUAGAGGACGGACUGUUUCACGAGUUCAAGAGGUUCGGGGACGUGAGUAUCAAAAUAAGUCGAGAAAACGACCAGAGGGUGGCGUUUGUGAACUUCAGGAGGCCCGAUGACGCCCGGGCGGCUAAACACGCCCGCGGUAAGCUGGUGCUGUACGACCGCCCUCUCAAAAUAGAGACAGUUUAUAUGAACAGACGUAGAAGUCGCUCCCCUGUUUCAAAAGACAAUUUCCCCACAGGACACAGACAUGUCCCCUCUCAGAGACAGCUGUCUCCCACUGGUUUGGGGUACAGAGACUACCGGCUCCAACAGCUGGCCCUGGGUCGUCUCCCUGCUCCUCCUCCUCCCCCUCCCCCUCCUCCCCCUCCAGCACCACCUCAUAUUAGAAACCUGGAACGAGAGAGAGACUUUUCUAUGUAUGAGGCCAGAAACCGGCCACAUUUUGUCCCCGAAUGUGCUGUUUUCCGUGAUGAGGACGCUGUAAUGCCUGAGGAUGACCAGAGGGCCAACCGGACUUUGUUUCUGGGCAACCUGGACAUCAGCGUGACAGAGAGUGACCUGAGGAGGGUGUUUGAUAGGUUCGGGGUGAUUACAGAGGUGGACAUAAAGAGGGCAGCGCGAGGACAGAGCAACACCUAUGGAUUCAUCAAGUUUGAGAACCUUGACAUGGCUCAUCGCGCCAAAUUAGCAAUGUCGGGGAAAAUUGUGGGCCACAGCCCGAUUAAAAUUGGCUAUGGGAAACCCACACCCACGACCAGGCUGUGGGUGGGGGGGCUCGGACCCUGGGUUCCACUUGCUGCACUGGCUAAGGAGUUUGAUCGCUUUGGAACCAUCAGAACUAUAGACUACAGGAAAGGUGAGGCGUGGGCUUACAUCCAGUAUGAAAGUUUGGACGCUGCUCAGGCUGCUUGUACUCACAUGAGGGGCUUCCCUCUCGGCGGCCCUGACAGGAGACUCAGGGUGGACUUUGCAGACACAGAGCACCGCUACCAGCAGCAACAGUUUGUGCAGCUUCCCCUCCCACUGCCACACUAUGACUUAGUCCCAGAGCCCUUUGCCCACUGUUUGACUGACCCAGUGAGAGUCAGAGAGAGAUCCCCUCCCCUCCCUCCUCACUUCAGAGACAGAGAUCUGUACCCACCAGCCGAAUGGGCUGGCCUGGGUGUCCACGACAGGAUCCGUGGAGCAGGCUUUGAUCCCGUAGAUCGCCUGGAGAGGCGUCUGCGUGAGCCCUGGUCAGUAGAGCACGAGCGGGAGUUACAAAACAGAGAUCUGAGCCGCAAAAGGAGACAAGUGGGUGAUGGCUGGUGGCUGGAGCGUUCACCUGACAGCAGUGACUAUGGUCUGCCCCGUCACGUCAGCUCACUAGAGCGGAGCCCUGGAGGCAGCAGUCGAGAUGGGGUGCGGUACAGUGACCUUGAGCGCCUGCCUCGCCCCGGAAGACCCUCCCCCAUCAGAGAGCAGCAAAACAGUAAAGACGGUGGCUUUGGAGAUAAGAGAAGGAGAACACUUAGCCCAACUGGGCCGAGCCCAGACAAGGACCACAAACGCAAAGCCAGUGACUCCUCUAAGAGCCCAGCAAAGAAGGAGGACCGUGCUGAACAACCUUCCUCCUCCUCAAAGUCUAACCAGCAGUGCAAGGCAGCAACAGGAGGACAAAAGCUAAGUCAGGUCUGGCAGGGCACCCUCCUACUGAAGAACAGCAGCUUUCCUACAUCACUGCACCUGCUGGAGGGGGACGUGUCAGUGGCUACCAGUCUUCUGGUGGACGGCUCUACAGGCGGUCAAGUGUCCCAGCUAAAGAUCAGCCAGCGCCUGCGCUUGGACCAGCCGAAGCUGGAUGAGGUCUCUCGUCGCAUUAAGGCCAACAGCUCCAGUGGAUACUGCAUCCUGCUGGCCAUGCCUGGAAAGGAAGAAGAGGCCCAGGACACCGGCAGCUCUAUGGAGAGACCACUGAAGAACCUGGUGUCCUACCUGAUGCAGAAGGAGGCGGCGGGCAUCAUCAGCCUCCCAGUGGGGGGCAACCGCGACAAAGAUCACGCAGGAGUCCUUCACACUUUCCCCCCUUGCGAUUUCUCAAAGCAGUUCUUGGAUGCCUCUGCCAAAGCCUUUACCAAAGCAGAGGAUGACUAUAUGGUGGUGAUCAUUAUCAGAGGAGCAGCAUGAAAAAAAAUGAAAAAAAGUGCCAAUUAUGCAAUGUGUCUUUUGUGAACUGUUGAACUGUGAAUUGGGGAAAAACAGGGGAAGUUCUUGCAUUGGAGCCUGCGUCUAAUCCUUUUAAAGGUUUAUAGAAAUGUAAGCCACAUUGAAUUUAACACAUUUUUUGCUAAAUUAAUUUCCUUGAUAAUUAAAUAAUUUGAGGUCACAUGCCACAUUUGUGUGCUACUUAGUCGUCAGGUAAAUGUAAAUUACUUGAAGGGGUACUCUGCUGAAAGAGAAAGUCACAGUCAUUCAUUCAUUCGAUUCUUUUAUAUAAUUUAAUCCAUUGGCAAAUGAUAAGAAACUAAAUAAGAAAACAGCAUUUAGUUUGUAGUAAUAUGAUGCUUGCAGUGCAGAUGGUCUACCACAAAAUGAUGUUUUUUUCUUGCUUGAGGAAAAGGAUCUAUUUGCUCUAAAGCUUUACCCAAUUGUCAAAGUAUGCAAAUUGCUGUUUUUGUCAGGUUUGGCAACUUCUACUAAAAGUUAGACUUUUUUGUUUUUAAUUUUUGAACAGCAGAAUAAUCAUAUUUGUCAGCCUGGUUUCUGGUGGUUUUGAAAUACUUCAUCAACAUUAGAAGAUUCAGUGUACAAUACAUUGCAGUUAUGUCACUGUCACAUCUACAGGUUUAUGAGACGUCCUCAGUCAAAUGAAUGCAGUUAUUCCUGUGUGUGUGUGUGUGUGUUCUUUUUUUUUUUUUGACUAAGCAACCAUUUGCACGAUUAGUGGACACAAGUAGCAAGAACCUGUUCAUUGUAAUGCAUUUUCAGGUCAGUCUUCUUUUCUGGGAAUCUGGUCUCUGUAAAAGGUUUAAUUCCAUUCUUUAAACGACAAAGAAGAGAGUUUUCAACUGUUUAUUUUUGACUCCAUGCUUAACACGUGUCUACAUUGGGCUGCAUUUUAAUUUGAGAUAAUAUACUGGACUAUUCUCUUUAAUCCUUUGUUACAAAGAAGAGCAAAAAAUGGAACCAUCAAAAAUGUUUUCCUUAAAUUGACGUUGAUAUAUACAAAAGAAAUACAGAUUAAUUUCCUGUUGGUCAACAGUUUAAGAAAGUCACUUUAGUAUUUACAAAAUCGAACAUCUCAAAGCUUUGCUGUGUUUAAUAAAUAUAAAUAAUAAAUUGCAGCCAGGUCCCUUAUUUUGAAGGGCAGUCUAUGAAUACAGGGGUUCCCUCUGCUUGUGUCCUUUCCCUUUGUUUCAGUCGCGUCACGUUUCAUUUGGAUAAACUGUGGGUUCAUUUCGACUGUAAAUCUUUGUUGUAUGUACUGUUAAAGAAAACAUGAUGUGACCUAUAAAUGAAGAGUCGUAUGUACGCCAUAACCAAUCAGACGUCAAUCAUUAGAACACCGUGCUAUGAUCUCAGUGGACUCUUGUGUUACACCACCUUCCUCUGAUAUUGAUUUAUUCAUGAUUGCUGUGUUUCAAAUGGAAGAAAAAGAAAUGUUUGUUUUUUUGUGCUGUAAACUCAGGAUAUCUGGAGAGAGAAAUGGAGAACAUCGGUGCUCGUGGGCCUAAGACGUAAACCUAACUGUCAGAAAAAAAACACACAAAGUGCAACAUGCACUUGAUAGAUUUUGUCUCAAUAAAUUUACUCUUUCGUGGGAAACACAA